CGACUUUUGGCACCACGGUUUUAUCGGCGACGGGGGCCGGGUCACAGGCAAAAGGGUAGCAAAAGCGUUUCCGUUCGAUUGGAGCCGUUUCUAGAGGGUUCCGAGUUUCGCACAGAGAAGAUGUCUGCCAUCAGGCAUCGACCUCUGGCGAAUGGGCCCAACGAGAGCGACGACAACUUUUCCGACGACGAGAGCACACCGCUAACACACGACAUCUAUGGCGGCAGCCAGCGAACCGUGCAGGAAACGAAGGGAUGGGACGUGUUCCGGGAUCCACCGAUCAAGGAGGAUACGGGCUCGAUGGCCAACCAGGCCUGCCUGGAUCUGACCAUCAAGAUACUGAAGAUAUUCGCCUACCUCAUCACGUUCGUGAUCGUCCUGAUGGGCGGUGUCGUGGCGAAGGGCUGCGUCCUGUUCAUGUCGUCACAGUUGCGCCGGGACCGGAAGAUCACCUACUGCAACCGGGACCUGGCACGCGACAAAACGUUCGUGGUGUCGCUCCCGGAGGAGGAACGGAUAGCGUGGAUGUGGGCGCUGAUGAUCGCGUUCGCCGUGCCGGAGAUCGGCACGUUCAUCCGGUCGACGCGUAUCUGCUUCUUCAAGUCACUGAAGAAACCGCUCAAGUCGCACUUUCUGCUCGUCUUCCUGAUGGAGUCCUUCCACACGAUCGGCCUGGUGCUGCUGUUCUUCGUCGUGCUGCCGGAAGUCGACUCGGUCAAGGGAGCCAUGCUGACCAACUGCCUGUGUGUCAUACCGGGCCUGUUGGGUAUGUUUUCGCGCACCAACAAGGAAGGUAAGCGGGCCGUCAAGUCGAUCGUCGACCUAGCGGCCAUUGCGGCGCAGAUUACCGGGUUCGUGGUGUGGCCGCUGCUGGAGAACCGGCCCGUCCUGUGGCUGAUACCGGUUUCGGCGCUCCUGACGUCAUGCGGUUGGUGGGAAAACUACGUGUCCGCCCAGAGCCCGUUCGCGUUCAUGCGAUCGCUGGGUCGCGUGAAGGAAGACCUCAAGCAGACGCGCUACUUCACCUACAUGUUCCUAUCGGUGUGGAAGAUCAUGCUGCUGUUCUGCUUCGUGUUGGUGAUACUGUUCGUGCGGGGCGACGAGGUCGCUAACCUGUUCGCACUGUUCGGCGUCGGCUACGGGCCACACAAGAUCGUGGUCGAGGAAGUGGCGCUACCGUUCAGCUCGGCCUUGCCCGACCUGGUCGAGGCCGCCCAAGCCGUCGAUACGAUCGAUAUCGAUGCCGCGUACAACACCGUUACGUACGUGCUGAUCAUCCAAAUUCUGGCCGCAUACCUGUGCUACAUCUUCGGCAAGUUCGCGUGCAAGAUCCUGAUCCAGGGCUUUAGCUACGCGUUCCCGGUCAACCUGACGGUGCCGGUCGCGAUCUCGAUGCUGAUCGCGGCCUGCGGUAUCCGGAGCGACGAUCCGUGCUUCUUCCACGGCUCCAUCCCGGACUAUCUGUUCUUCGAGAGCCCGCCGGUGUUCCGGUUGAACGAUUUCGCCGCCCGGCAGAUGGCGUGGGCCUGGCUGCUGUGGCUGCUGUCGCAAACCUGGAUCACGCUCCACAUCUGGACACCGAAGUGCGAACGGUUGGCCAACACGGAGAAGCUGUUCGUGACGCCCAUGUACAGCGCACUGCUGAUCGACCAGUCGAUGGCGAUGAACCGGCGGCGGGACGAUCAGGCGGACGUGAAAACGGAAGACCUGGCCGAGAUCGAGAAGGAGAAGGGCGACGAGUACUACGAGACGAUCUCGGUGCACACCGACGGCUCGGCGCUGCCCCGGCCGAGCGUCAAGUCGUCCGACCACAUCACGCGCAUCUACGCCUGCGCCACCCUGUGGCACGAGACGAAGGAGGAGAUGAUGGUGUUCCUAAAAUCGAUCAUGCGAAUGGACGAGGAUCAGUGCGCACGUCGCGUGGCCCAGAAGUACCUGCGCAUCGUCGAUCCGGACUACUACGAGUUUGAGACUCACAUUUUCUUCGAUGAUGCGUUCGAAAUUUCCGACCACAGCGAUGACGACAUCCAGUGCAACCGGUUCGUGAAGAUUCUGGUCGACACGAUCGACGAAGCCGCCUCGGAGGUGCACCAGACGAACAUUCGGUUGCGGCCACCGAAGAAGUACCCGACGCCGUACGGUGGCCGGCUGGUGUGGACGCUCCCGGGCAAGACGAAGAUGAUUGCGCACCUGAAAGACAAGGACCGGAUUCGGCACCGUAAGCGCUGGUCGCAGGUCAUGUACAUGUACUAUCUGCUCGGCCACCGUCUGAUGGAGUUGCCGAUCUCGGUCGACCGCAAGGAGGUGAUGGCGGAGAACACGUACCUGCUGACGCUGGACGGUGACAUCGACUUUAAUCCGAGCGCCGUGACGCUGCUGGUGGAUCUGAUGAAGAAGAACAAAAACCUGGGGGCCGCCUGCGGGCGCAUCCAUCCGAUCGGGUCCGGGCCGAUGGUGUGGUACCAGAAGUUCGAGUACGCCAUCGGCCAUUGGCUCCAGAAGGCAACCGAACACAUGAUCGGCUGUGUGCUGUGUAGCCCGGGAUGUUUCUCGCUCUUCAGAGGAAAAGGCCUGAUGGAUGAUAACGUGAUGCGCAAGUAUACGACGCGCUCGGAUGAGGCACGCCACUACGUGCAGUACGAUCAGGGCGAGGACCGGUGGCUGUGUACGCUGCUGCUGCAGCGGGGCUAUCGGGUCGAGUACUCGGCCGCGUCCGACGCGUACACGCACUGCCCGGAAGGUUUCAACGAGUUCUACAAUCAGCGCCGCCGCUGGGUACCGUCGACCAUUGCGAACAUCAUGGACCUGCUGAUGGACUACAAGCGCACGAUCAAGAUCAACGACAACAUCUCGCUGCUGUACAUAUUCUACCAGAUGAUGCUGAUGGGCGGCACGAUUCUGGGCCCGGGCACGAUCUUCCUUAUGUUGGUGGGUGCGUUCGUGGCCGCGUUCAAGAUCGACAACUGGACCUCGUUCUACUACAACAUCAUCCCGAUUCUGCUGUUCAUGCUGGUGUGCUUCACGUGCAAGUCCAACAUCCAGCUGCUGGUGGCCCAGAUACUGUCGACGGUCUACGCGCUCAUUAUGAUGGCCGUGAUCGUCGGUACGGCACUGCAGCUCGGCGAGGACGGUAUCGGGUCACCGUCGGCCAUCUUCCUGAUAGCGAUGACGGGUUCGUUUUUCAUAGCGGCCUGCCUGCACCCGCAAGAGUUUUGGUGCAUCGCGUCCGGCAUCAUCUAUCUGCUGUCGAUCCCGUCCAUGUACCUGCUGCUGAUUCUCUACUCGAUCAUCAACCUGAACGUGGUCUCGUGGGGCACCCGCGAGGUUGUGGCGAAGAAGACCAAGAAAGAGCUGGAACAGGAGAAGAAGGAAGCGGAAGAGGCGACCAAGCGGGCGAAGCAUAAGUCGCUGCUCGGCUUUCUGCAGGGUGGCGUCGGCAACGGGUCCGACGAGGAGGGUUCGAUCGACAUCUCGAUCGCCGGCCUGUUCCGGUGUUUGCUGUGCACGCACGGUAAGACGACGGACGAGAAGGCGCAACUGAUCCACAUCAGCGACGCCCUGGAUACGAUCACGAAGAAGAUCGAGGGGCUGGAGAAGCACAUCGACCCGCACGGGCACCACACGCGGAAGCGGACGGCUUCGGCGGGCUCGAAGGACCACCACCUGGGCUCGGUGGCCGAGGAUACGGAGGAUGACGAUGCAGACGAGGAGUCGGAAACAUCCACGCUGCAGCGCGACGAGCGUGACUUCCUGACCAACCCGUACUGGAUCGAAGAUCCGGACCUGAAGAAGGGAGAGGUUGACUUCAUUUCCAGCACCGAGAUCCAGUUCUGGAAGGACUUGAUCGACCAGUACCUCUAUCCGAUCGAUCAGAACAAGGAAGAACAGGCACGUAUUGCGCGCGAUCUCAAGGAGCUGCGGGAUUCCUCCGUGUUUGGUUUCAUCAUGAUCAACGCACUGUUCGUGUUGAUCGUCUUCUUGCUUCAGCUCAACAAGGACAACAUCCACGUCAAGUGGCCGUUGGGAGUCAAGACUAACAUAACCUAUGAUGAAGCCACGCAAGAGGUUCACAUCUCCAAAGAGUACCUGCAGCUGGAACCGAUCGGUCUGGUGUUUGUGUUCUUCUUCGCCCUCAUCCUGAUCAUCCAGUUCGUGGCCAUGAUGUUCCAUCGGUUCGGUACGCUCUCGCACAUCCUGGCCUCGACCGAGCUCAACUUCUGCAACAAGAAAACGGAAGAACUGUCACAGGAUGCACUGAUAGAUAAGCACGCCGUCGAGAUAGUGAAGAACCUGCAACGGCUGCAGGGCAUCGAUGGGGACUACGACAACGAUUCGGGUAGCGGGCCGGACCGUAUCGCACGCCGGCGCACGAUUCAGAACCUUGAAAAGGCCCGGCAGCCACGCCGACAGAUCGGUACGCUGGAUGUGGCGUUCAAGAAGCGGUUCCUGAAGCUGACGGCGGACGAGAAUAACACCGCCACACCGAUCCUGACGCGCCGGAUGACGAUGCGCCGCGAAACGAUACGUGCCCUGGAGGUGCGCAAGAACUCCGUGAUGGCGGAGCGGCGCAAAUCGCAGAUGCAGACGCUCGGCGCCAACAACGAGUACGGUGUUACCGUCGCACCGAACGGCACCAACAAUGGGCCGACGAGACCGACGCGUACCUCGAACGCCGGCGUCAGCGUGAAGGACAUUUUCAACGUCAAUGGUGGCCCCGGCGGCGAAAUCUACGGCGUGACCGGGCAGGUAAACCAAGCGUACGAACCGGUGAUCGAAGACGACGAUCGCAAUUCGCUACGCAUGCAGCCCCGCAACCAGGUGACUUGGAGCAGCAACAGCAACACCAAUGGCCGGUUGUGAGAGACAAAUGGCGGUUUGCUAAGAAGGAAAGAAAAACCGAUACACAACGGCCGCUGAACGGUCCACGACCGGAGCGAGACGAGUGCGCAAGCGAGAAACGAAUGAAUGGAGCGAGUGGAGUGUGUGAUUUUGUGAAACAAUAAUUUAUAGACUCGAUACACUAGACAAUAAGCGCAACGAAACAAAAUCCGUACUUCCUCACGCACAACCGGAAGCCCGGUCGUUCACUGCCGCCGUCU